AUGUGGGAUAUGUAUGGGGGGGUGAAGCAGGAGGAGGUGGCGGAGGAGGGAGUCAAGACGGGGGUGGUUGGGGAUGGUGAUGGGAGGAGUUUGUCGAGGAGUUCGUCCAAGAGGUUGAAGGAGGGGCUGAAGAAGAAGUUAUCUGUCAGGAAAAAGGACACAUCAGCGGCAUCUUCGACGACCAGUCUUGACAAGUUGGCGACGGGCGCGUCGCAGAAGCAGAAGAGCAAGACGAUUGCUCUCCAGCCUGAGGGGGCUGCUGCAAAGGCGGAUGGUGACCGGACCUCACUUCCGGCCAAGACAGAGUCACGGUCACAGUCGACAACCAGUCUACAGAAUGCAGGCACCUUCUCGUUUGCUGACCCGUCAGAACCGGGCGGGCAAGCAGUCAUCUUUAAGCCUGCAAAACCGAUCCGGAUACCCAACAGCGACGUCAACAUCUCGGUCGAGCGAAGAAACAAGGCACCGGGGAGCAUUGGGUUAACCAUGGUCACGGCUGUCGCCCAUGUCUGGUUCAACACAUUCUUCGAGGGCAACGGUCCCGAGCAAGGCGGUAAACCGGACGAUAGCGGAGUCUUCACGAUUGACUGGGACAAGAUGGACGGCAUCAAGGGCUCAAGUCAGCGCGGAACAAGAGCUUGCGACAGGAUUUCUGUUGUUUGGAGGACUGCGGCCGUCAGCGAUAUUGGAGAGGGUGGUGAAGCGCCAGGAGUAGUUAUUCAUGAGCCUGGAGAGGGCAGCCCUGUGCCGGAAAUGAAGGCAGCGGACUGGAAGGGUGACGGAACGGAGAACCCGACUGCGCAAAAGACACUUGGGUUGCGGGUGGAGGAUCCCGAGAGUGCGAGUGUUAGUAAGGCUAGCAGUGUCAAGAGCCAGGAGUAUACGAUUGCACCUUCCAAUGACAGUAGUGAGAUGGCUAAAGUGGAAGAGGAGGAUGAAGACUUGAAGGGGGUCAAGGUUAGCGGUCCCACUGGGGAGGAGGUGCUGGAUGGGGUUGCGGGUGGAGAUGGUGAGCCACCGAAGAAGGAGAAGGCUGAUGAGACGGCCAAGAGGGGGUUCAUCAUUGAGUGA